CGUCACCAAUCCAUUAGCGCAGACCGAGGGAAAAAGGGUAAAAUGCCGAUAGCCGUACAGACGAAGCCAAAAGGAAAUUGGGAAGAAAGCAAAACGAAACAGUUGACGAUCGGACGUGGGGAGGCGGAGGAGGCUCACGGCCACAACCCACGGACGACGAACUUCAAUUUCAACUGCGGACCACCCUAAUUGGUCCUCCACUUUAUUGUGCAAGCACAGACAGGAGAGGUAGUGCAUUAUUCUCAUAUAUGAGAGUUUUUGAAAGUUAGAGCGACGUGAAGAUGUCUUGGAGGAGAGCCAAAACUUCUGGAUGGGCUGCAUUUGACCCUAAGAAGCAACAAAAAGAAGUCAUUGAUCAUGAAACACACAAUCACCCAUACCCACUUAUCUCAAGCAAUAUUAGUACAUGGGAUCAUUGCCAAAAUCGUUCAAGAAAUGGUGAUCUCGUUGGGAGAUCCUUCUCCUCAGUGCUAGCUCACUCGGCAAGUGUUCCAAACAUGAUGGCCAGCGAAAAUAAUCAUAGCCCUUUAUAUGUUGCUAAUAUUCAAAAUGUUCCAAGUUUAGUAGCAGUUAGGGAUGUUCCACAGGUACAUGCUCACACAUUAUUGGAAAAUAGCCAGAGUGAAAGGAUGACUGCCAAAUAUAUAGAAAAUGAUGUCUCUCAAAUUUAUGAGAAGCUGAAGGACCUUCAUCCUUGGGCUAACGAGAACUUAGUAGAGGAUAUAGUGACAGCUGUAGAUAAUGAUAUUGACAAAGCCUCGGAUCUACUAAGAGAGAUGGCUUCUCCUGGUAGGUUGCUGGAAAAGAAGGAAACAGAGUUUGAGGAUAAUAUGGAGGACGUUUAUCUUGAUAGUUCUAGGCUAGAAAAUACAGAUGUACAUAUAGGAGAGACCACAAACUUUCCAGAAUCAGCCCAGGUCUCUCAGAGUAGUCUUGCUAUUAAGAAUGACGAACCCUCAGAUGAUCAUACUUCUGGGAAGGUGUUCCUUCAUGAUAAUGCACCGCCAGGGCUUAUCAUGGAUAGAUUGAAUAUGGUUCCAGUGGAGCCUGAAUGGGAAGAUGAUGAUAUGUACCUAAUGCAUCGAAAAGAGGCAAUCAGGGCAAUGAGGUUAGCCUCUCGGCACUCAAAAGCAGCCACUGAGGCCUAUCUAAGAAGAGAUCAUGCUGCUGUACAAGAAUUUUCUGCGAAGGCUCGAGAAGAAUGGAGGACUUCUGAAAAACUUAAUGCAAAGGCAGCGAAGGAAAUUCUAGCCAUCAGGAACUGUAAAAAUGAUGAUUGGAAAUUGGACUUGCAUGGGCUUCAUGCCGCAGAAGCAGUGCAAGUUUUGCUAGAGCACUUACUGAAGAUAGAGUCUCAAGUAUCAGGGACUCGUUCUAAAAAACCUGAUAAAACCAAUCUCAACGUUUUCUCUACACAGGCCGCAUCUCUCAAGUCUGUCAAUCCAAAAACAGAGAAGUUAGAUGCACAACAAGCAUCAAGGCCAAGAUUGUUAGAGGUCAUUACAGGGAAAGGUAGUCACAGCCGAGGAGAAGCUGCGCUCCCGGUAGCAAUAAAAAACUUCCUCAGUGAAAAAGGGUAUUAUUACUAUGAGGCAAGGAUUGGGGUUAUAACGGUGCAACCUAAAUUCCGUCAACUAUCAACUGCUCUAUCCAAGAGAUAGUAGCCUCAGCGACUCGAUGGGAUACUUAUCAACUUUAGGAUGUGUUUAAAUUUUAUGAUUUUCUGAUUAAAUUGUUAAAAUAUAGUAAGUUAUAAUACACACCAAAAUAAUCAGUGCAAGUAAUUCAUAUUCAUGUAAAGUAGCAGGGAUGACAUUAGAAAGUCAAAUCCUCGCUCAUGGAUUACAUCUACAUCUGUGGAACUCCUUGGUUGCAAACCUGGCAAUAUAUCUUCAUCUCAAUUUAUGUAUAGUAUUAUAAUGACCACUUUCA